UCCAAAAUCUGCUCCUAACAAUUAAUUAUUCAUAAACCUCCUCAGCGCGUCACUCCACUCGCGCUCUCUUUUUAUCCAUCGACACGGCGGCGCGUGUGGCACACGCAAAUCGUAAAAGUAUUUUUAAAUUGCGAGUGAUGGCAACCGUUCCGAACUUGAAAGCCGCCCCCUUUGACAAAGACCGCCGGAUUGAGCAGUUGGUUCUCGAUCUCUGCACUCCGGAUCUUAGAGAACAUGCGCUUCUCCAACUUUCCAAGAAGAGAGAAAAUUUUCAAGAUUUGGCUCCAUUGCUGUGGAAUUCCUUCGGCACCAUUGCUGCUCUUUUGCAGGAAAUAGUUUCCAUUUACCCAGUUUUAUCACCUCCAACUCUGAAUCCUGCACAGUCGAAUACAGUUUGCAAUGCACUUGCUUUACUUCAGGAGCAUAUCUUAUGGACUACAUGCUCUUCACUUUUGUUGCAGUGUGUAGCCUCUCAUCCAGAAACAAGAAUGCUAUUUCUCAAUGCGCACAUUCCUCUCUACUUGUAUCCUUUCCUUAAUACAACCAGCAAGUCAAAGCCCGUUGAAUAUCUGAGGCUUACAAGUUUAGGCGUGAUAGGUGCUUUGGUCAAGGUCGAUGAUACCAAAGUUAUCAGUUUCCUUCUGUCUACGGAGAUCAUUCCCUUGUGCUUGCGCACCAUGGAGAUGGGAAGUGAAUUGUCAAAAACCGUGGCAACUUUCAUCGUGCUAAAGAUUUUGCUCGAUGAUGUGGGCUUAGAGUAUAUAUGCACCACCGCGGAACGUUUUUUUGCAGUAGGUAGAGUUCUGGGUAACAUGGUUGCUGCACAGGUCGAACAGCCUUCCCCACGGUUGUUGAAACACAUAAUCAAAUGCUAUCGUCGAUUGUCUGAUAAUCUAAGAGCUUGCGAUGCCCUGAGGAGCUGUCUGCCCGACAUGCUUAGAGAUGCGACCUUCAGUAACUACCUUGAGGAUCCGUCUACGCUAAAUUGGCUGCAGCAGUUGCUUCACAACGUGCAAGGGCCUCGUGUUGCUGCGAUGCAAGCCGGUGGUUUCGAUCAUAUGUUGGUUAAAUAAUUUAGCUGCACCAUCUCCUCUCUCUCUUUACACGUCUCUAAAUUUAUGGUUGAUCCAAAAAAACCAGAAUAUUCAAAGCUGAAAGCUUUGUACUAUAAUUUUCAUUUUGGCUUAGUAUUCUAGCAUAGCAUUGAAGGUUGUAGGUUUAUUUCAAUGUUACUUAUUAAUUAUCUCUC